UGCUUUUGGCAGCAUCAGUUUUCUUAAGUGGCAUACAUUUUGCUAAAUUUGAACGUUUUUGUGAUAACAUGAACCUCCGAACAAUAUGUGAAGACACGUACACAAGACUGAGGAAGACAUUUGUUUUUCCUGUUAUUAAAAAAACAUGGGCCAAAGACCAGAGUGCAGUAUUCAGUACCAUGAAAUCUCAAGAAGCAGAAGUUUUUCUCUGUGGAGAUGGCCGGUGUGACUCUCCAGGCCACUCGGCCAAAUACUGCACAUACACUUUUUUACAUGUGCAGAGUCAGAAGGUUGUAGACUUCAAGGUAGUAAGCUGCACCCAGGUUUCAAGCUCUAAUACCAUGGAAAUUCAAGGUUUCAAGGAAGCUCUGAAAACCAUCGAAGAAAAUGGAGUGAAGGUCUCUGCCAUCUCAACAGACAGACAUCCACAAAUUAUCAAAGAAAUGAGGGUCUCUAAUCCACAGAAAUGCCACGAAUUUGAUCCCUGGCAUGUGGCAAAGGGAGUGUCCAAAAAACUUGCCACUGCAGCUAAAAGGAGGGAAUGCGAGGGCCUGGGAGAGUGGAUUCCCUCCAUUAUAAAUCAUUUCUGGUGGAGUGCACAAACCUGUGAGGGAAAUGCCGAUCUGUUGAGAGAGAAGUGGGUAUCAGUAAUACACCAUGUUACCAACAGACACGACUGGCCAGGCAACAGACACUACCAUCGAUGUGCUCAUGAGCCCCUUGAUGAGACAAGCCAGAGAAAUAAGCUUUGGUUACAGCCAGGAUCUGAAGCCCACAAAGCUCUUGUGAAGACAGUAAAAGACAAGCGGCUUUUGAAGGACCUGGGUCACCUGACGAAGUGCAUCCACACAACAUCACUAGAGGUGUACCACUCCAUGUACCUUAAGUACCUUCCGAAGAGAACACAUUUCGGAUAUGAUGUGAUGAUCCAUGCCUCCAUGCUUGCUGCUCUGGAUCAUAACCACAACACAAACAGGGAGCAAGCUGUUUUUCAAGAUGGGGAGAGUGUUGGGGAACCCAAGUUCAAAAUCUCAUGGAGCAAAGUCCACAAGAGAUUCAGAGCAAGACCAGUGGCUGUGCAGAAGGACUACAGCUACAUGAAGGCCAUGGUGGCAGAUGUUCUCUCCUCUGUGUCAGAUUCAAACCAGGGCAUGGACUUGAGGGUGAAGCAAGCUCACAUCAUGGCUCCACAAGAGAGACCAUCCAGAGCACAGAUCAUUUUUCAAACACAGCAGUUCUCACGUUUCAAGUAGUUUCAUCAUUCAGUGUUGCCAGUAAUAGUAAUAUCAUUACAAAACAGAAGCAACCCAUUGUUUAAAUCAACAUCAACUUUAAUUCUGAGUUCUA